GCGGGAGUGGUGCCGGCGCCGCAAGUCUGGCUCCAGACGCCUCAGGACGAGGAAGAAGAGGAAUAUGGGAGCUCGCAGAAUGGAGACAGACUACAAUCCCGUGGAGCUGAGCAGCAUGUCUGGGUUUGAAGAAGGCUCCGAGCUCAAUGGGUUUGAAGGAGCGGAUAUGAAGGACAUGCAGCUGGAGGCUGAGGCCGUUGUAAACGACGUUCUCUUUGCAGUCAACAACAUGUUUGUCUCUAAAAGCCUGUCCUGUGCCGACGACGUGGCUUACAUCAAUGUGGAGACGAAGGAAAGGAACAGAUACUGCCUGGAGCUCACAGAAGCAGGGCUCAGGGUGGUGGGCUAUGCUUUUGACCAGGUGGAGGAUCAUUUGCAAACCCCCUACCAUGAGACAGUCUACUCCUUGUUGGAUACACUCAGCCCUGCCUACCGGGAAGCAUUUGGCAAUGCACUCCUUCAGAGACUGGAAGCUUUGAAACGAGAUGGACAGUCAUGACUCAUUUCCCUCCUCGUGGGGUCACUGCUGGUAUAGAGUCUGACACAAGACUUGACAGCCUUGCAUAGAAUCAUUGUAGACAGUGCAUCGUUGGCUUUAUGUGUUUGUCAUUCCUUCACAGUAGGCUUUUGACUCACAGCAUAAUUGACGCCUAAGUUGUCUUAGUUUCAGAUUCAUUCAAAGGGAUUUUGAGACCAUUUCUCAGACACUGUCAUCCUGAGUUCUCCACACAGCCGCUCUGCACUCCGUACCUAACCAGCACUUCAUUCUCCCAUCACAGGGCCUCAGCGCUGCCAGCACUCUGUUUCACACAGAAAGUUUUACAUUUGCACAGUGAUAUAGAAAUCAGAAUCUCCUAACUUGAGACCUGGAUUCAGCCUGCUAAAUCAGGGGUUUACUACUAGCUUGGACUGACUUUGUAGUGGUUAUUUUGUUACUGGCCUUAUUGGAAACAAACUGUCAACUAGUUUCCCCUGCACAAAUUUUGAAAUGUACUGCUCUACUUAACCUACUUCCACAUUACCAAAUGAACCUAUUGCUUAUCGGUUACUUAACUAGGAUAAAAUGAAAGGCAGGGAACAGAAAUAGAUCUCUAUUCCUUGUUUGCAACAGCCUGCCAACCUAGAGCUGACAGACCAUUAGCAAGUGAAUGUAACAAUUACUCAUCUCCACGGUAUCUAAGCACAUGAGCAAAUAGAGGAACAGGCCCCACCUCAUCCUCGGUGUGUAGCGCUUCGAAGGAAGAAGAUCCUGGUUUCCUAGGAAACGGUAUUUCGGCCUGCAUUGAUUCUUAUUCUGAAUGUUUGUUUACACUGUACAGUAUAUAUAUAUAUGCACAUAUAUAUUCAGAAGGUAUUUUUGCUUCAAUGCUGACUUUGUAUAAAGCAGUGCUUUGGUAUUCCCGCGGCGCCCUUCGUCCCCAGCAGUUGGACAGAGCCCUGUCUCUUUGCCACACAAACAGUGUAACACGAGCGCAUUGUAUGGUUUGAAACCAAAGGAUGAAUGAAGCAUUCAGAAACUUGAUAUUUAAAAAAAAAGAUGCUCUGUAUUUUAUAUUUUAUUACAGUCCCUGGUGUUUAUAAACUUAAUAAAGUCCUCCAUGCUGCUGCAUGUUUUCCAGUAUGUGACAAACAGAAA